GUGAAUGCUGCGCGAGCCCCUCCACACUUGCUCCGUGCAGCCCGGGCUAAUCCAGCCUUCUCCCCAUCCCGUGGUGGGCGCAGCUCCUCCAUUCCUUCUGCAUCCGAUAUCUGCAUUUCUGAAUCCGUCUUCUCGCGCGGUCGCAGCAACGCGCGACCCCUCUGUCGCAAAAUGGGGAAGCUCAUCCGACUCGAGCUUUUUAACUUCAAAUCUUACAAGGGUCACCACACCCUCCUCUUCGGCGAUGCGUACUUCACAUCCAUCAUCGGGCCCAACGGGUCCGGCAAAUCGAACUCGAUGGAUGCGAUUUCGUUCGUUCUCGGUAUCAAAUCAUCCCAUCUGCGAUCUACGAACCUCCGCGACCUAGUCUACCGCGGUCGUGUCCUGCGGACAUCCAAGGUGGAUGCGAACGGCAAUGCCAUCGACGGAGCUGCGGACGGGGAGGAACAGCCCGAAGACGAGAUCGACGGCGAACAGUCCCAGGACCCAACCGGAUCGAAUGACCCCCGGACCGCAUGGGUCAUGGCGGUGUACGAGGACGAUGCGGGCGAGGAACAGCAAUGGCGGCGAUCGAUCACCAGCGGGGGUGUCAGCGAGUACCGCAUCAAUAACCGCGCGGUCACCGCGCAGCAGUACAACGAGGCGCUCGAGGCUGAGAACAUCCUGAUCAAAGCGCGCAACUUCCUCGUCUUCCAGGGUGACGUCGAGGCGAUCGCAUCGCAGUCCCCCAAGGACCUGACGCGGUUGAUCGAGCAGAUCUCGGGCAGCUUGGAGUACAAGGCUGAGUAUGAACGUUUGAAAGCCGAGGCUGAGGAGGCUGCGGAAUCACAGACCGUGCAGCUGAACCGCCGCCGCGGGAUCAACUCGGAGAUCAAACAGUACCAGGAACAGAAGCGGGAAGCAGAGAACUACGCCAGAAAGGCCGAGGAACGCGAUCAAGCGAUCAUCACGCAUAUUCUGUGGAAGCUCUUCCAUUUCCAGCGCCUGAUCGACGCAUCCAGUGCGGAUAUCUUGAAGUACCAGGAUGAGCUGAAGGAGUUCCGCCGCGGUGUUGAGAAGUACGAGAAGAACGUCGAGGACGCGAAGAAGAGCCACGCCAUGGUCGGUCGGGAUGUCGCCAAGGCGGAGAGGAACAUUGUCAAGAAAGAGAAGGACAUUGAAGGGGCGGCCAACGCCCUCGUCCCCGUUGAUGAGAAGGUCGAUAUCACCAGGAAGAAGGUCGAACGCUUUGCUUCUCGUAUCGCAGAAAUUACGCGCGAAAAAGACACUCAAUCGGCGAAUGUGAAACAGCUGGAGAAGGAUCUCAAGGUUGUCGAGAAGGCGCGGGCACAGUGGGAGGCAGAAUGGCAGAAGACGAUGAGCAAGCAGGGCGGCCAGCUGAGUGAGGCUGACUUGCACGAGUACGAAAAGCUCAAGGAAGAGGUCAGUAAGAGAUCGUCUGCUGAGCAACUGAACCUCGACAACCUGCGCCGUCAGCGGAAGACCGAAGCCGAAGCCCUGAACAGCCUCAAGAGCAAAUUCGAAGGAGCCGAUUGGCAAUUCAAGACCUUGGAAUCUGAGACGCAGACCUUGGCCCAACGCAAAACUGCCCUCAACGAUACAGUCAAGACAACUUCCAAGGAGAUUGACCGCAAGAAGAAGGAACUCAAUGCUGUGACUUCUGAACGCCUGCGUGUAUCUCGGAUGCGAACGGAAUUGGAAGAAAAGUUGCAGGUCGUCCUGAAGAAACUGCUUGACGCGGAUGAUGGGAGGAAGCAGUCUGAGAGAGAGAUCAGAGCCAAGGAACUGAUUUCGACCCUCAAGCGCAUUUUCCCGGGAGUCAAGGGCCGCGUCAGUGACCUUUGCAAGCCCAAGCAGAAGAAGUACUCCGAGGCAGUUAGCACUGUCCUGGGUCGGCACUUUGACGCGAUUGUUGUUGACAAUGAGAAGACAGCGAAGGAGUGCAUUCAGCACCUCCGCGACCAAAGAGCCGGCCAGGCCACCUUUAUCCCACUCGAGACAAUCCAGGUCAAGGCCUUUAACUCGAACCUCAAGGGCCUCCACCGCGGAAUGCGUCCAGCUAUCGAGACCGUCGACUAUGAUGACUCGGUUGCCAGAGCUAUCAGCUACGCAUGCGGGAAUGCGAUCGUGUGCGAUGAUUUGGCGACCGCCAAAUAUCUUUGCUAUGAGAGGAACGUGGAUGCCAAGGCCGUCACGCUCGAUGGCACUGUAAUUCACAAGGGCGGUUUGAUGACCGGUGGUAAAGGGCCUCAGCAGCACUCCAAGCGCUGGGAGGACUCUGAGGUGGAGAAUCUGUACAAGCUCAAAGACAAGCUGUUGGCUGAUCUUGCCAACCUACCCAAGGGCCAUCGCCGCGGCACCGAAGAGGAGACGCUACAAGGUGACUUGGUUGGCCUGGAGCAACGUCUUGCCUACGCUCGGGACGAGCUCAAAGCACUCGAGAGAAACCUCGAGAGCAAACACAGCGAACUAGAAUUCGUCAGAAGUCAGCUCGAAGAAAUGCGACCGAAGCUGUCUGAGCGCGAGGAUUCACUACAAGAACUCGACGAGACUAUUGCAGCAUCUCAACAGAAGGUCAGCAGCGUAGAGGAUGAAGUGUACAAAAAGUUCUGCAAACGUUUGGGCUAUGCCAACAUCCGCGAGUACGAAGUUCAGCAGGGAUCAUUACAGGAGGAGGCAGCUCAAAAGAAGCUCGAGUUCACGACACAGAAAAGCAGGAUUGAGAACCAGCUAAGCUUUGAGCGGCAGCGACUGCAGGCUACGAUCGACCGCGUUGCUAGCCUUCAGGCACAGCAUCAACGUGACGAGGAGUUAAUCCAGGAGCUUCAGGCCGAACAGGAGCGCAUCAAAAACCAAAUGGAUGAGUACAAUGCUGAACUUGACGUUCUUCGAGAACGGCUUGAGGAGCAGAAGGAGGCAUAUACUCAAUCAGCGGAGAACCUGACACAUCACCGUAGGGAGCUCCAGAAGCGCACCAGAGAAGUUGAGGGCACUUUGAAGAACGUCAAUGCCCUUGAGGCAGAGAUACAACGCAAUUCGUCCAGUCGAUACGCUCUUCUCCGGCGUUGUAAGCUGGAAGAUAUCGACAUCCCGUUGACAGAAGACUCCAAUCCCCUGGAUCAGCUUCCCAUUGAUGAUUUGAUGCAAGCAGCGGAUCCAGACGCCAUGGACGUGGAUGAGGAUGCGAACGGGGUUGGAGACGCCUUUACCGUUCAGGACUACGGCAUCGAGGUUGACUUCGACUCUCUUGGAGACACCCUCAAAGAGGAGGAUGACGAGAAGCUCGAAGAAGAACUGCUCGAGAAAGUCCGGUCUCUCAACAGCGAGCUGGACAAGAUGGCACCUAAUACACGCGCCAUGGAGCGGUUAGAGAGCGUGGAGAACAAGCUUCGAGCCACGGAGAAGGACUUUGAAGAUGCCCGGAAGCGUGCUCGGAAGGCGAAGGACGAGUUUGAAGACGUGAUGCGCCAGCGGUCAGACCUCUUCAACAAGGCCUUCUCUCACAUCUCCGAGCAAAUUGGUCCGAUUUACCGCGAAUUGACGAAGAGCGCAAACUACCCACUGGGCGGCCAAGCUUACCUGGACAUCGAAGACUCGGACGAGCCCUACCUCGACGGUAUCAAGUACCACGCCAUGCCUCCGCUGAAGCGUUUCCGGGACAUGGAACAUCUGUCCGGUGGAGAGAAGACCAUGGCCGCUUUGGCUCUGUUAUUUGCGAUCCACUCCUACCAACCGUCUCCCUUCUUCGUGCUGGACGAAGUCGAUGCCGCCCUCGACAACACCAACGUUGCUCGCAUUGCCAACUACAUCCACGACCACGCUGCUCCGGGCAUGCAGUUUAUCGUCAUCAGUCUGAAGAACGGACUGUUCCAAAACAGUGAAGCCCUGGUUGGAAUCUACCGAGAUCAGGUGGAAAACAGCAGUAAAUCUUUGACUCUUGAUCUCCGUAAAUACAACUAAACGAUGAUUCGGAAAGAAUGGGUGGAGUGGACUGGGCUACUUGACUCUGGUGUGAUGCGUAGAAUAUAUCAUUCUCUGGUCUGGUCUUGUUGUUUUUUUCUUCAAUGAGCAAAAUGGUUUUAGCUAUCAUGCAACGGAUUAAUGGGCAUU